UCCAAGGGCAGUUCGAAACACAACACUUAUCUUCAGAGCAGGGCUUUGAUUGCGCACGUUUUUCCUGUGCUCGAGUGAGAUGAAAUAUGGAGAAUUACGUGAUUUUAGACGCCAUGUGCCCUGGUUCGUUUGGAACAACAUUACUUGUUAGUGACAGAAGCAGCGGUUUGGAACUUACAUUAAAGAAGAUUGAAUGUUUAGACGACGGUAGAGCCAACGAAACUCUUCAAGAGGCACUACCCCUUCUGGAGGUUAGGCACCCAAACAUUGUACGCGUCAGAGAGAUGUUCAUAUCCUGGGAUAAAGAGAUAUCUUCAGUGAUCCUCAAUGUGGUGAUGGAUUGUCCGGACACAGACACUCUCUCCACCGCCAUCAGUUCCCAGCGAGAUGAGAAGAGGCCUUUUGGGAAGCAGCUGAAGGACGUGACUUCUCCACUCAGGGCAGUCGUGUCACUGGGGCUGUCAAUUCAAUUCAAUUCAAAUGCCAUCCAGACAUUCCUCGGACAGAUGACCGAUGCUCUGACCUACCUCCACAAACAGCACAUCAUCCACAGAAACCUGAAACCGUCUAACAUCCUGGUGAAGGGAUUGACCUUCCGCGUCUGUGACUUUGGGACGGCCACUUUCAGCAGUGACACAAUGAAGCUGCAGGUGAAGACCAAAGAAGGUGACCGGUGCUGGAUGUCCCCUGAGAGUGUGAGCAGGAAGCAGUGGACGGACAAGUCGGACAUCUGGUCUUUUGGCUGCGUGCUGCUCGACAUGCUCACCUGCCACAUACACAGCCAUCUGGCCAGUCUCUCCCAGCUGUUGAGUUUGAAACAGACUAUGGGUCCCCUGGACAUCAUCACAUGUAAAGAACUGCACACUGUUCUUCGGAAGAUGUUCCAGCACAACCCUGAGUACCGUGCCAAUGUGUGGGACCUGAUGAAGGAUGUGCUGGUGCAGAGGUGUCUGGUGCUGUGUGGCGGCCCGCCGCACGUCAUGAAGACGAUGCCCUCAGGAGUCACUGGACCCCCUUUCCACGAGGGCCUCAACAAAGUGUUAGACUUCAUGCUGGCCUAUAAGGAUGUAGAGUCUACUCAGCUGCAGAUUCUCUCAUAUCUGACGUCAGAGAAGAAGACAGUGACGGGUCGUCAGGAUGAGGUGGUCAGAGCGACCUGCUUCACCAUGAUGGCCCACAAGGACUCCGCUGCCGUCCAGCUCCGAGCCUGCCAGAUGCUCCAGGUGUGUGUGGAGGCAGGUAGGACUACCUAUCCAUCAGGGGAGGAGAGUGGUGCCCAGAAGCAGUGUGUGUAUGACGACAGCGUCAUCUCUUGUGUGCUGUCUGCAGUGGACGUCCACGAUGGACAACCUGAGCUGCUGACCGAAGCCUUCCGCCUCCUUUUCAUCCUAUCUGAAAAUGCCCGGUCAGCGAGGUCGUUUCUGGAGCUGAAUGGCGUGGGUCAAGCGGUCCGAGCACUCAAGGCUUUCUCCCACCACCAGCCCAUCAUCUGCCACACCUGCAGAUGCAUCUGGAGAGCUCUGGAAACACAUGAGCCCCCGGCUGGCGUGCAUCUGUGGGGCUGUGUGGAGGCCGUGUGUGUUGCCGCGGAGACACACCCGCAGGAAGGAGUGGUGAUGGGGGCCGUGUGUGCCGCGCUGCUGUCCCUCUCUGUCCGAGAGACGUUCGAGGAUAAGGAUGUUGAAGACGCGACCUUGGUGCUGCUGCAGGCCCUGAGAGGUCACUCCCGCCUGCCCACCCUGGUGCAGCAUGCCUUCCUGGCACUGGUCAACCUCACCCACAUGUCCAAGGCAGCAUGUUUGCGUGUCCUGGUUGCCCCCGGCGGCGGAAGUGGCAUUGUCGUGAUGAGGGAGGCACGGCGACAGUAUCCCAGCGACCCACAGAUGAGCCACUGCAUGGUCCGAGUUCUGGCGGCCAUGACUGAGCACGCUGAGGUGCUGGAAGAGCUGAUUUCUGUUGGUGCUCAGGAGGAUCUGAAGCAGAUUGAAGCUGACUCUGCUGCAGAUGAGGACCUGAAGAUGUUGAUCCAGCUGACCCUGUCCAGGCUGAGGGAGAUGGAGAAGGCUUCCUUGUCAUGACAGAGUCUACCCAAGGAUGGAUUAUUUUCAGUUAACAAUGUAUUCUUAAUAAAUGUUUGGUCAUGUUA